AUGUUCACUUUUAUUUUUAUUUCGUCUUUUUCUCUAUAUUUCUGCUUAUUUUCUCGCUCUUUCUCUCUCUCUCUCUCUCGUUCUCUCUCUCUCGUUCUCUCUCUCUCUUUCUCUCUCUCUCUCGUUCUCUAUCUCUUUCUCUCUCUGUCUCUUUCUCUCUCUCUCUCUCUCUUUCUCUCUCUUUUAUCUAUCCCUGAUACGAAUUUGUACACUAAUUCUUUAACAAUCUAUCUAUCCAUCUUCUGCCAGUUCACAGCUAUCUAUCUAUCUAUCUAUCUAUCUUCAGGCGUCAACACAGAGGCAUUCCUCUUCCCACAGGGCGUCAACACAGAGGCAUUCCUCUUCCCACAGGGCGUCAACACAGAGGCAUUCCUCUUCCCACAGGGCGUCAACACAGAGGCAUUCCUCUUCCCACAGGGCGUCAACACAGAGGCAUUCCUCUUCCCACAGGGCUCUCUCUCAAGUAUCUAUCUAUCUAUCUAUCUAUCUAUCUAUCUAUCUAUCUAA